GGGAAGACCCGGAGAAGGCGAUCUCCCGAGGAAUGGGGCCCCCGCGGCCCUGCCGCGCAUGCUCGCGCCGUGACCCCAGCUUGAGGUGACGGCUGGAGCCAAGGUGGGGUCCCCUCAGCACUGAGGCCGAGGGAACUGCCGAGGCUCCAUCGCCGGAGAGGGAGGGCCCCGCUGCGGUCGCCGUCCGUGGGCGCUCCGGCGCACCUGCGUUCCAGGCCGACCAAGCUCGGAAUGUGGGGCCCCAUCCUGGGCAGCACCAGGGAUUCAGCGAACAGUAUUUCUAAGACUGACGGAGCCCCCGGACGCCAGGCUCCUGGCCCAGAGGAGGAACCACCUGCCGGAGCGCAGCCUGCAGUCCGGGCUUUCAGUGUGGGAAUGCCCCUGCCUGAGCCCAGCGAGCAGGAGGGCGAGAGCGUGAAGGCCGGCCAGGAGCCGCACCCCGAGCAGGCCACAGACAUCGUCCCCGCAGCCCCCCGGAAGCCCAGGAAGUUCUCCAAGCUGGUCCUGCUGACCGCCUCCAAGGACAGCGCCAAGGUGGCCGGGGCCAAGCGCAGAGGCGUGCACUGCAUCAUGUCUCUAGGGGUGCCCGGCCCGGCCACUCUGGCCAAGGCUCUCCUCAAGACCCAUCCUGAGGCCCAGCGGGCGAUCGAGGCGGCCCCCCAGGAGCCCGAGCAGAAACGCAGCAAGCUGGCCCUGGACACAGAUCAAAAAGAAGCUGGCAGGUUGGCAGGGGAGGAGCCCGCCGCAGCCAGCCGCACCUGCUCCUCGGCGCCCAGCUGGUCUCCCUAACCUUGGCCUCGGCUUGGAGUCGGCACCCUCACCCUCGCUGGCCCUGGGCCUGCAGCCGCGGGUUCUAGCGCUUAGUCACAGCAGACUUUCACUUUGAACUUUGUGCGAUUUCUUUUCUCUUAGAUCAAGUGUACGUUACUUUUGUAAGCAGGAAAGAUAUUUUUGUUUCGUUUUGUUGUGUUUUUGAGAAGUUUUUGCUAUAGGGCGCAUGCGCUCGCCAGAAAGACAGAGACAGAAAGUGAGAAA